GUGCCAGUCACUCGACGUCCAACGUAACGACAACGUUCGAAGAAGACGCUUAACAGUAAAACAGCUGUUCGUUGCAAAUAGCUUGGGCGAAUUGAAAAAUAUCGAUACAUCGAUAACGAAUCUAUACCACGUCGGAUUUUUUCUUCAACGUUCAAACAGCUGUUUUGGGGUAAAUAGCGCUGCUCGUGAGUGCGAAUGAAAAAGAAAGCAUCUGGGGUAUAUUCACAAAGAAGAAGCAACAAUCACAAUAUUGCUCAGCAAAAUUAAAUACAAAGUAAAAUAAAAACAAACAUCUAUCUAAACGUGACACGGGUGUUUGCUAAAUUGAACGACGCGCGUGCGAUUUGAUUGAAGGCAAUAACUCGCAAAACAUUGACAAUUGUGAAUAGUGUGUGGCAGACGAUGCUCAAGCACUGACGACGCUGGCAAGUCGUCCAAAAAAAAGUUGAACCGAACGGUCAACGUCACCGAACGUCGUGUAAUUGGUUCAACAAAGGAAUUACGUAUAUAACGCGAUGCAUUUAUAAUAUAUGUAUAUACAUAGUAUGCCUAAAGGCUAUAGCGUGUGCAGUUCAGUUUCGUUUUCUCCUCGUACUUGUGUGAUAAAUUUAUUUUAACAAAAUCUUCAAUCGUCAACGAUUUCGCCUCACUGUGCAUUGGAAACAGUUUACAUUUUUUAAUUUUACGGUCGCCUGCAAUCGUCGAGCUGUUAAAACAUGUCGUUAAAUGAGGGAUAUCACAAUAAAAUCGAGCCUGGAGCCGGCAGCGCUGGAGAUGAUCAGGCAUCCGGUUCGGGAAACGGCAGCGCCAGAGGGAGCACAGCUGGCGAUGGUCCUAGUCAUAGCACGCAAAUGCAUCAACAGAUGUUGAAUGAAACAACAUAUCUGAAACCCUCGAAACAGGCGUAUUUUAGUGAUGAGAAGGUGCUCAUACCUGAUGAUGAUCGCACAAAUAUCGGUUUCAGUUUUCGCAAGCUGUGGGCCUUCACGGGACCCGGUUUUCUCAUGUCUAUUGCGUAUCUAGAUCCGGGCAAUAUUGAAUCCGAUUUGCAAUCGGGCGCAGCAGCCAAAUACAAAAUUCUGUGGGUUCUCUUAUGGGCCACUGUCUUGGGUCUACUUAUGCAACGCUUGGCUGCAAGAUUGGGCGUCGUGACAGGUCUGCAUCUUGCCGAGAUGUGCUAUCGCCAGUAUAAACGCUUGCCGCGCUGGAUACUCUGGAUUAUGAUUGAGAUUGCCAUUAUUGGCUCUGACAUGCAGGAGGUUAUUGGAACAGCCAUUGCCAUAUAUCUCUUAUCCAAUAAAGUUGUGCCUUUGUGGGGUGGAGUUCUGAUCACCAUUGUCGAUACAUUUACGUUCCUAUUUUUGGAUAAGUAUGGAUUGCGUAAGCUGGAGUUCCUAUUUGGUUUCUUAAUCACUGUUAUGGCCGUCACGUUCGGCUAUGAGUAUAUUGUCUCAGCACCCAAUCAAGGAGAUGUUAUGAAGGGCAUGUUUAUACCAUGGUGCUCCGAUUGCAAUUCGGAUGUGUUGCUGCAGGCGGUGGGCGUGGUUGGUGCUGUUAUUAUGCCACACAAUCUGUAUUUGCACUCUGCCUUGGUGAAGUCUCGCGAUGUGGAUCGUCGCCAGCCAAAGAAAGUGAGCGAAGCGAAUUUCUAUUUCUUCAUUGAAGCCUCGAUUGCCUUGUUUGUCUCCUUUAUCAUCAAUCUGUUUGUUGUCGCUGUCUUUGCCCAUGGCAUGUAUGGCAAAACCAAUCAAGAUGUGCUGGAUAUCUGUGCUAACCAAACUAUGUACGAGGACGCCAAAUUGUCCUUUACUGACAAUAAUCACGGAAAUGAUAUUAUUAAUGCGGAUCUGUACAAAGGCGGUCUGUUCUUGGGCUGCACAUUUGGAGCUGCUGCCAUGUACAUAUGGGGCGUUGGUAUCUUGGCCGCUGGCCAGAGCUCCACAAUGACUGGCACUUAUGCUGGACAGUUCUCAAUGGAGGGUUUCCUCAAUCUGCAAUGGCCACGGUGGUGUCGCGUGCUGGUCACGCGGUGCAUUGCCAUCAUUCCCACCUUUUGUCUAGCCAUGUUCAGCAAAAUGGAAGACCUAACCAAUAUGAAUGACAUAUUGAAUGCGGUCAUGUCGUUGCAGCUGCCAUUCGCUGCAAUACCCACCAUAGCAUUCACCUCAAGUGCAGCCAUCAUGGGCGAGUUUGUCAAUGGACUCGGCAACAAAAUCGUUUCCAUAUUGCUCACAAUUGUGGUUAUUGGCGUUAAUUUAUACUUUGUGGUCGCCCAAGUGGAAGCGCUGAACAUUGAAGGCGGCCUGUUAGCACUCGUCUGCAUAUUUGCUGUAUUAUACAUACUGUUUAAUAUAUAUCUUGUGAUACACAUGGCCGCCUGCAUGGGCAACAAGCGUCUGAUGAAUAGUCGGUGGGUCCAACGUUUCGUGUUGCCAAGCCAGAAUAGCUUUUCUAUAAAGAACGCCAACUCAACAUAUGCCAGUGAUGUUACCUUAGUUGUAGGCGAUAACACUAACACUGCCAAAGGUCUCGAUACUGUUUCGGAAAAGGUGGCUCAGUGAUUCAAUUUGAAUCAUUAGCCUUACCAUUUACUUAGCUCUUACAGGAGACCCCACACUUUUGUGAUAUUAACACUAAAUCACGCGCCUAACAACACUAACAAUUCCAUAAACAAUGAAAUAAUUGUAGGAUCCUUAGAUACACAUCAUAAGAAUUUAUAAUGCCUAUUAUAGCCGCGUAAAUUUAGAGAUUUGAGUUCAUAUCAUUUAAUCUAUUUAUAAGUAAGUAUGGUAAGUCAUAAUGCUAUUGAUAUUAUGGUCUUACAUUACUUGUACAUGGUAAUUAUCAAGCAUGGUAUAAUAAUUUAAGUCAGGGCGCUUAGUUCUAUAAAUAAACUCUGCAUUUAUUAGCAUUUCAUUUAAAAGUGUUUCCUUUUUGGACAAUCUUUUGCCGCAUGAAAUAGUUUUUAAGUGGAUACCUUAAGCAAUUACUUUGCCGCAGCCGAUAAUGGAAUUGACUUUGCGGACCAUGGAGAUCUCUCACAUUUUAUGGUAUUAAGUAAGAAUUAUAUGCUGGCAUCGGGAUUACAACUAUAUUGGACUAUCAGUAUCAUUUUGCGCUGGUAUAAAGAUUCGAUCAUCCAUUAUUAUAUUCAUCCAUUACGAGCGGUUAAUUAAGGAAUAAUAAAUGUUUACGUAAUUAACAUCAACGGGUGAACUGUUGCUAAUACUCUUCAAACUGUUUUUUAUUUUUGUGUUGAAAAUUCUCUUUUAUUAUAUGUGUCUGCGACUACUACAUUUGUUUUCCACCCAACUCUGUACUUUAUGUAUCUAACGUGUGUGCAAAAAUACACUAACCCUUCCUCGUGACAUUGGCAAAAAACAUUUGCAAAACUAUUAAAAUCACAAAUGUCUUGGAUUGAUUGAUAUUUCACAAAUAUACUUUUUGGCCUAAUGAAAAACUGUGCAAACAAUUCACAUUUCAAAAUUGACACACAACAACACCUUCAAUAAUAAAAUCAACAAACUGCAAAUCUUUUAUUUUGGCGAUUGUACAAAUUCAAAAAAAGUUUACAAUUGACAUGAGCCUCAUAGAAAAUCGAGAUCCAAACAAAUGCUCAGAGUUUGCAAAGAUUUUUAAACAAAAAAUCAGAUGAAAAUUGAUCUGAGCACUGAACCAAAAUUUAAAAGCCAACAAAAUAAAUUAGCAUUUUGACAGUUUUACUCAUCACAGUAAAAAACAAACAAGAAAUUAAGAAAAUAAACCGAUUUGAAAAUUUCCAAUUGUUUAUUUAAACUUGACAAUCCGCUGCUGCACGUGCCGCCAAUUUGUUGCCUUUUUCUGGGGCAAAAACAUUCUGUGGUACAACAACGAAAUCCAACAAAUCAACGACUCAUCUAACCAAC